AUGCCACAGGAAAUGGAACCCGUUCGUGCACUGGCAUUUGAAACUGGAAUUCUCGAACAAAUAAAAAAACUAGGAAUCAAUGUCAAUGAGCGUGUAGUGGAUGAUACUUAUAAUACCAAUGAUAUGGGAUUUGA